GAUCAUCUUUGGUGUGUAAACAACUGAUUGUCGACUUUUCAAUUCAAUGCUUUAAUUAAUAUUUUUGAUGCAGACUGCAAUAUUAACUAAAUUCUAGCUUUUAGGAAAAUUUCAGUCAUUUUUUCAAACUGUUGAUCAUUAAAUUAUUCCUAUCAACAAUGUUCAUUAUGGACUUCGUGUUAAAUAAGAGGGACCUCCUUAAUUUGAAAUUUGUCAUUGUACAUUGGUAAAUAAUAUUGUUGAUAUCAAUUCUUUGGUUACUUUGCCUAUUUAUUCUCGUCUCUUGAAUAUCGCUGUUGAACAUCAACAAACUCCUUAAAAUGUGUUAACUAAUGUGGAAAUGACCUUGAUGCAAAUAUCACCCAUCACUUUUUUGAAAUAGGGUUAUGUUCUAUAUCAGUCUCCAUAUUUGUGUUAUGCACUGGUAUAGUUAUUUCCCGUUGUCGUUAAUGAAUGGCAAUGUCUCGCAGCCCAUCGCCCCUAGGGCAGUGUUUAAUAGCAAAUUACACGAGGCGGCUGCCAACGAUAACUUGGAUGCAAUAUUAUCUACCGAAAGGUUAGAGGGAGGCAAAUACUUGAAUGAAGUUAUACAGACAGUUCCACCUCCGGGUGUACCCGAAGAAGCUUCCAGGGAACAACUCAAGAAAACGCUUAGGAAACAACUCGAUUUUUAUUUUUCUACUCAGAAUUUGGCCAGUGAUGGGUACCUGCUGUCCCAAAUGGAUACGGAACAAUUUGUCCCCGUCUGGACUGUUGCUAACUUUAACCUCGUCAAGAAGUUAACCAACGAUAUAGAGUUGAUUACGGAAGUUCUGACCGAGUGUGCUAAUGUUCAGCUCAACGAGACAAAGACAAAGGUGCGUCCGAACUACCAGCGUUGCGUUGUCAUUCUGAGAGAUAUAUCAGAAGAUACCCCUAUUGAAGACGUUAAACAGUUGAUGACCGGCGAGGGUUGUCCUUCGUUCAUCUCAUGCGAAUUCGCUGGUAAUAAUGCUUGGUACGUCACUUACGCGUCUGACGAGGACGCGCAGAGCGCCUACUCCUUCGUCAGGGAGAACGUGAAGGAGUUCAGGGGCAAGCAGAUCCACGCUCGGAUCAAGGCGAAGCCGAUGCGCCAGCAGAACGCCGGCGGUGGCGGCGGCGUUCAAACUGGCGCCACCUACAAGAGCAACUGGAAUACACAACCUAACGCCGGUACCAUCUUCGACCCUCACGCCUACCCGAACAACCAGCAACGGUUUAUGUUCACCAAUGGGACGCACGCCCAGAUGCCGAUGCCUACGAAUCAAUUUUUCUUCCCCCAGUUCCAGCAGGGACCCCUGAUACCGACUUACAUGCCGGCUGCUUGGCAGGCGGCGGCCGGGAACUUCUACGACAUCAAUACGGUGUUUCAGGUGAACGGUUUGGCACCUCAGACUCCGUACAAGGCGUCGUACAAGAACAACGGCAAGUCUAAGAAGAAGACGACUACCACCACUGGUCAGGCCGAACAGGGCGCCGCUGCGGCUUGUUCUACGACUGUCAGGCAGGCUCAACCUCAUAUGACUGUUGCUGCAAGGAGUAAUGCCAACGCCAGGGGGCAACAGCCCCCUGAUAUGGCCGAUCCCGGUAUGCCUAUGGCCGUGCCAUUUGUACCUCACACAUUGCCAUUGAUUGAUAUGUCUAUGGGUUACGGCUACGUACCCCAGCCUUUGGCCAUGUCGAAGGAGCCCAUGCCACCGCGACAUCGCAGAAGAAGGAGGGAAGACGAAAAUUCCGCUGGACCCAGCCAGCCCCAAGAAGUAGAACAGAGGACCUUCGAUUUAGGUCAUUCUGCAUUCCCACCAUUAAAGAGUAAUUCUCGACGCAUCAGCUCCGUAGAAAACCAGGAAGAACCUUCCAGUACGGAACAACCUGCUCAGGCUAGUGAUGCAGUGCCGUGGUCCGACCACCGCAUCGUCGAUAUCUUGAGAGGAAACACUGUCUCCAAAAGCAGCAGUACCUCAACAUCCAGCAAGGGCUCGCUAAGUGUUAACGAUACCGAGUCUCCCAGAGCUGGUUCUCCUCAGAUGAACGAGGCUAGAGACACCGUUGAAGGUUUGGAAGCCAGCCUGAAUUCUGCUCUUACACUUACUCCUCCAAUCUCACCUGAGAAAAACAAGGAUGCCAAAUGCACAAUGACUGAUAAAUCCACUAAGACCGAUGAUGUUCUCCUUAACGGUGAAUCGGAUAUCUGUCCCACCACAACUAACGCUGCUACAAUGACAACUGCUGCCGAAGUUAGCACAUCAAGGACAGAAGCUCCAAAACCACCCACUACUUCAUCUCACAAUCCCCCUCGCAUGAGUUACGCUCAAGUUGCUCAACACCCCAAGGAAGUUGGAAACCAGAAAGAAAAAAAGGACAUCCCAACGGACGGUGAGGCAGCUUCAUCGUCGGCCGCACCUGUCCAGAACGGUGAAAAAAGGGGUAAAGAUAACCACGCUAAACAAGAAAAGACUCAGAGGAAUCAGAGGGCUUCGGGCGUACCCAACGGUACCUCCAGGAGGGAGAAGAAAGAUUUUAGGAAGAAAUCCAAUCCAAAAUAAUGAAUCGUGUAGCAGCUGAGAUUUGCGCGUGUUGAAUUUACAUUUAAACAUACAUAAAAAACGAAGACUACGAAGUGAUGUUUGUUGUACAUAUGAAUUUGAAGCAACAUUGCAGACAUCAAACGAAUAUUAUGUUCCUAUCAACCAUUGAUGCAAAUGGCAAGCUGUCCUAAAGCUGAAAACAUGGAUAGGGCUAUCUUGCCGUGUCUCUCAAGUGUUUCCAAUAGCAUUUUUUCGUCAUUUUGUUGUACAGUCUUGAGUUGUGGUUAAUUUUUUUCUUUACGAAUUCACCACCUUUAUUGCAAGUAAGAUGUAUUAAGGGGAGUGUAGGUCUAGUGUAUGUUGUUAUUAGGUUAACAAACCUGAUACGCAUUGUCCACUGUUGCUUUUGGCCACCAACGAUACAAGCUUUCCAAAUAUGCGCAUAAGUUUAAACAGUUUCGUCCGAGUUGGUUCGGACUUUUCAAUUUUUGACAUUUUAACGUUUGACAUCUGACAUUUCUCCUUUGACAGAUUUUUAACCUUAAUUUUUAAUUCACAUUUCGAUUGAUUUUUAUUAUUCCGAUUCAACUUCUUAGCUUCAGUUUUAUCUUUUAGAACCGGUUUUAAGCUUAAAGUAACAAGUAAAAACAAUGCACAAGACAAGAUCAUUCAAACAUCCUAUGAUCCGGUACUCCUCUGUUCAAUUUUGAACGACGAAUUAGGAGCCAAAGAGAGUUUUUUUAAAUUGACAAUUUUGAAAUUGUUUUCGCGUUUCUCCCUUGUGUAACAACAUGGCCGAUUUUAAAAGUUUUUAAAUUCUUUUUGUGUCUUUUUGAAGGUUGGUGGUGGCAUGACUAAUAUACAAUAAAUUCAAUUUUAUUGUUACUUACUGGCUGUGUAUGUAAAUAUCGAAAUCAAGGACAGUGUCGAAGCAACAGUUGGGGAAUGCGUAUUUAUCAGUUAUCGGGAUAUGAAAAAUAAGAGACUGUAAACUGGAAUUGUAUAUUUUGAAAUUUCCCCAAUUGUCGCACUACCCCAUAUUAUCUCAAACUUUAUUUUUCAUUUAAAAAAAAAAAAUUAAAACUUCCAGAAAAUCCAAAAAAAGUUUAAAACUGCUGAAAACGCAAAAAAAAAGUUACUUUUGUACAUAUUAGUCAAGAAAUUAAAUUAUUCCAUUUGAAAUUCAUACUUUUAAAGUAUUUUAUUUGAACAGUUUGAAACAAAAUGCUAUCACUUUCUUUCCAUAUUUCUCGAAAUGAAAAUCAUUUUGGACUUUGUUGAGAGUGAAAAUUGAUUAUUAUGAAAAGAGUUUUUGUAUAUAUCGACCAUCAGUCCACUUCAGGUUAGUCACCAGUUUUGGUGAUAUGUUCACCCAAUGAAAUGAUGUACAAUGAUAAAAUUUGAAAUAGUUUUUAUUUUGAAGAGAAUUAAAGUAAUAAUUUUGACAUUUUAAAUAGUUUGAACAGAGAAAUAUGGAAGGAAGUGUAUGUAUACAGUGUACUAUGAAAUAUCGAAGUUGAAAAAAAAAAACAAAAAAAGUUUUUCACUGAACGAAAUAAUGCAUUUUCAUAGUUUUUUGAAAUUUAAUUCUUUUCUUGAUAGUGUAUCUUAGACUGUUUUCAUUAUUUGCCAUUUUAUGUUUCAAACCAUAUGUGAAUUACAUAAAGAAAUGUAUUGUUUUUAUUGUAAAAUUGUGUAUCUAUAUGACUAAAACUUCAGUGUGAAAACAAAUUGAUCUUUUUUUUUAUUUGUAGAAAUUCGAACCUAAAUUUCCUUUAUUCUUUUUUUGAAUAAUAUUAAAAGAUUGAACCCUAAGUACAUUUAAGUUUCUUAAAAUGUAUAUAAUAUAGGGUAGUGCAGUCUGGCAUUGUUAUUAUUCGAUAACUAUAUAAGAAGGCAUUCUGGCAGGUACAUUGAUAUUGGGUGUGUUUAUUUUAGCACAUAUGUGUAUUCGAAAAAAUAUCAGUUCGUUAUUGAUUUUGUGUGCAAGUUUCUUUUUAAUAUUCUGUUCACUUGUUCCGGCAGGGGUGCUAAUUUUUAGACGAUACGGUUAAUUUUAUAAAUAAAAGAUACAGUUAUUCGGUAUAACAUAACCUUAACAGGCCUUUAUUAGGUUUAAAAUAGAGUAUAAAUAUAAAACAGAAAUGGUUUUCGUGUUUUAAGGCAGUGUUUCUAGUUUUUACACUUUUAUUGAAUAACGCACCCUUGACAUUUUUUUUACGUGCAUAUUUUCAAAUUAUGGAGUUUUUUUUUGUUUCUAGUCUAAUAAUAUGUAUAUUUGAAUUGAGUAUAAGAUAUCGUUAAGUUUGAAACUACAGCAGGUGAUGGGGUUUGCUUAGAAUUAUAGUUAUAAUUUUCUCAGAUAAGGUUCAUUGAGAUAAUCAUCUUGUUCUCGUCACCUUCGGUCUUCAAUCGGUAUGACUUUGUCUAAAAGUUCAAUAUUCAUCACCCCUGCUCUAAUUGUAUGGUAUAUCAACUGUACUGAUUGGCUUAUGUUGCCCAUUAAAAUUGUUUUAUAAAAAUGUAUUUUUCUUUUUUUUUCUGAACAAUUCAAGAUUUUUAUAAACGACAUGUGAUAUAUUGUGUGUCUGUGCUAAGAUUAUGACUAAAACGACAUUCAUUGAGAUCUUGAGAAUUAUUGAACUUGAAAAAUCAGUACAAAAAAUGCUGCAAAUUUUAUAUUUCGAUUCAUUAUUUCAUCUUUCAAUAAAAAAUAUUUUGAUGCAUGAAAAAGAUAUAUUAAAAGAUUGAAUUAGAAUAAGAUUCAUAAUUAUGAGUGCUACUAAAACUAUCAGGUUAAAUAUAAAUGAAUAUAUUAGAAGUGAAUAUUGUACAAAUUUCAUUUGAAUAGCUUCUACACAUGCUGAGUGUUAUUUUUAUUCGAUUUUCGUAUUCGACACAUUCCAAAAUGUAAAAUUAAAAACAUUUCCAAAGGUUAUUACUUGGGAGAAUUGAAUUAAACAGAAUAAGGCAAAAUAUGGGUGGCCUUUUAAAAUCGAGUUGCUAGAGUGAAAAUGUUAUUAUACUGUCAAUUAAGCGACCAAUCCAAAAUUUUUUAUAUAUUUUUCGUUUACUUUUGGCAUCAAUCGUGAAAAAAACUAACUGCCCUAAAAUUUUCACAAUUAACUUUUUAGAAUGUGUAGAUCAAAAAUCGAAUUG